AUGAUUUCAUCAAUUAAUUUUUUUACAAUCUAAUAUACUAUCAUUAAUCUUUGCAUCAUCUGUUGUUUAAUCAUAAUCAUAUGCCUUUAUACUGAUACCUUUAAUAAUUUUAACUGUUUCAAUAAUACAUUAGUUUCAAUUAUCCAGAGAUAUCAAAUUUAAGUUCCCAUUGAUCCAAAUACUAUUACAAUAUUAAACAUGUCUAAGCAGUUGAUUUAAGUGUUCGAUACAGAUAGCUUCAUAUGCAAAGUAAAUAAUUCAUCUAAAUUUAGAUUUCCCCAAUAUUACAACUUUUUAGAAUCUCUUUAUCUUUAUUUAUGCAUUAAGACUAAAAAGAGAGAGAAAUCAUAUAUGGAAAAUAUAGUAUAGUUUGGUUGGAUGCUGAAACUAAUCCCAGUACUUGA